AUGAAUAACUCGAGAGACUUAAAUUUGCCCCAAGACGAUCCGACCAACACGGCCAACUCGCUUCCAGACAACAACGCUACGUCUUCGUCACUUUUGGAGCAGUUGGUUUACAUCGACAACUUUAUGCAUACCAACUCGGGUAGCACGGGAGAGCCUACGCCCAACUUGGACAUUGAUGGCCAGUUAUCACUCGACUUGGCUGCAUUUGCGGAUGAUUCGUUUAUAUUUCCUGACGAGGACAAGAAGCCCAGCUCGCCAUAUUCGGGCAACAGCCAUGGAAAUAAUGGUAAUGGCGACUUCUCCAACCGUAACCUCAAUGAUCCCGGUAAUCAUAAUGGCCCUAUUGCGUCUAAUGCGCCUAUUAACAACUUGAAUCACGACUUGGAUCAUAAUCUUAUGGUGAACCAUAUACCGGGAACCAGUGCCAAUAAUAGAAAUGAAGACUUCCACGAACCUCACAACGGCUUUGAUGAACCUUCACAUCCGAACGUGAACGUAUCCAGUUUGCCUAAGUGGCCUGUUCCGCCGGGUGCAAAGUCGUCCCUAGAAUCUGCAGGGCUCUCACAAAAUCAGAUCGAGCUUUUAUCAGCCUUGGUGGCCCAACACCAACAGAACAUGCCUCCUACACAGCCGACCAGACACUCCACUCGCUCUCCUAGCAUUGCGGCUAGCAUUGAUGGUGGUAUUGACGGUGGUAUUGACGGUGGUAUCGACGGUGGUAUUGACGAUGGUAAUGAUUAUAAUGGUACGAACGAUGCGGCAGAUAGUGUGGCGAGCAACCUUGAUGAAAACGGUAAUGAGUCCGAGUUGGACAAACGUAGGCGAAACACCGCAGCUAGUGCAAGGUUCCGAAUCAAAAAGAAGAUGAAAGAAAAGCAAAUGGAAGACAAGAUACAAAACUUGAACGAGAUGAUUAAAUCGUUCGAAUCCAAAACACAACAGCUUGAAAUGGAGAACAAAUUAUUAAAAAAUCUUAUCAUAGAAAAAGGAAGUCAAAAAUCGGAAUAUGAGUUAAGAAUGUUGAAGGAAAGAGCAAGACAAUAG